UUUAUUUGGUUCUUUCCAGAAACAUUCGAUCUGAGCUUGAGAAAAACCAAAAAUGGAGUUCACCGCUGAGCAGCUAAGCCAGUACAACGGAACCGACGGAUCAAAACCGAUCUACGUCGCAAUCAAAGGCCGCGUAUUCGACGUCACUACCGGAAAAUCCUUUUACGGCCCCGAAGGCGAUUACUCAAUGUUCGCCGGGAAAGACGCGAGCAGAGCCUUGGGUAAGAUGAGUAAGAACGAAGAAGACAUCUCUCCUUCUCUUGAAGGUCUUACUGAGAAAGAGAUGAACACUCUUAAUGAUUGGGAGACGAAGUUUGUAGCUAAGUAUCCCGUCGUUGGCCGUGUUGUCUCUUAGAUCUGGAAUUGGAUUAUGAAAUGUAACUAUCGGUGUGUGUGAGGAUUUGUGUGUUUUUGGUUUCGUGUUUGGAUCUGAUCGGGUUUGAUACAAUGGAUACAUAAGUACCAAGUAUGUCUAAUUGGAAUAAAUUGGUGAUUUCGUC